AUGUCGGACCAUAUCAAACCCGAAGCUUCCCACACCGAGAGUAUGGAGGUCGAAAGUGCAGGAAUCAAAAAGAUUGAUACCAUCCAUGGAGACGAGGCUGUCAAAGUUCUCGCUGCCUAUGAGGGUGAACAAACCUGGACCGAAGACGAGGAGAAGAAGCUCCGUACGAAAAUUGAUAUCAGAUUGCUUCCUAUCCUCUGUAUCAGCUAUGCACUACUAUACGCUGAUAAGGCUCUCUUUGGUAUCCUCAAAGACCUUGGUCUGUCGGAGGGAAACCAUUACUCAAUGUCAUCGUCGAUAUUUUAUCUUGGUUUCAUCUUCGGAGCUUACCCAGCUAUCUACUUGGCACAGCGAUAUCCAAUCGAGCGUGUCGCUUCUCUUGUUAUCAUUUUGUGGGGCACAACAUUGAUUCUUACACCAGCGUGCCAGGAUUUCCGUGGAUUGUAUGCUCAGAGAUUCUUCCUGGGCUUCACUGAAGCUGGUAUCAGCCCGAUGUUCAUGAUGAUUGUGGGCGGAUGGUAUAAGAAAGACGAGCAAUCACUUCGAAUGGGGGCCUGGUAUUCCUGCACGGGAUAUGUCUCUAUUUUCUCCCCGUUGGUCAACUGGGGCCUUGGUCACAUUCAGGGAAAGCUUUCACCAUGGAACUAUAUGUACUUCUUUGCAGGCGGCAUGACAAUUCUGUGGGGAAUCAUAGUCCUCUUUCUCCUUCCUUCUGACCCCAUCCGAGCCAAGGGCUUUGACGACAGACAACGCUUCAUCGCGGUAUCACGAAUGCGAACAAACAACUCUGGAGUCCGAAAUACUCACUUCAAAACUGCCCAAGCGGUGGAACUCGCGACUGAUAUCAAGUUUUGGUUGAUGUUCUUCUUUGCUUUCACUGCUAUGUUUGCCAACGCUCCCAUCUCUACCUUCCAACCCCUUAUCAUUAAGGAUCUCGGCUAUAGCGGUCUCAAGUCACUGCUUAUGACGAUGCCGUCAGGAGCAUAUGCUGGAACAAUGAUGCUGAUUACAACUUACUUGGCUUAUAAAUUCCCGGGAUGGAGGUCAUAUAUCAUUGCUCUAUGUCAAGUUAUGACGAUAUUUGCCAGUCUGUUGCUCUGGCUUCUUCCUCGAUCGGCCACUGGUGGAUUGCUAUUCGCCGUAUACGUGCUACCUACCACCGGAUCUGCGUAUGCAGUUGCUAUGGGAUUGUUCCUGGCCAAUAAUGCAGGUUAUACAAAGCGAUCUCUCACUUCAUCGAUGAUGUACGUUGGAUAUUCUCUCGGAAAUUUCGCUGGACCGCAAGUUUUCAGAGCACAAGAUGCCCCGAGAUACACUUUAGGUUUUAUUGUGGUUGUAGUCACCGCUAUUAUUGCAGGAAUCAUAGUUCUCGUUUAUCGCUUUGUCUGUGCCCAUGAGAAUCGCCGUCGAGACGCAUCUGGCACAACGGAGGCGUUUGAGCAUGCUUAUGAGGAUGAUCUCACUGACAAGAAGAACCCACAAUUCAGAUAUGUUCUAUAA